CGGGAUAAGAGAAAAUGAUAUUGUUUGUAACAGCGAAGUUCUUUUAACUGUAAAGCUUAACAAGUCGUCAUGUUUUUAGUCAAAACAAUGGCUAUAAGUCUACUUGUUUUUAUAUCAUGCCUUUCUAUAGGAAUUAAUUAUACCAGUAUAGAAAAUGAAUCAGAAGUAUUAGUACGGAAGAAUAACAUAAAAAUGGAAAAAAGUCCAGCAUGUCAAGAUAAACAAUGGGAUGAAACAAAAAAACAAAUGAGAGCUUUAAAAAACGAAGAAUUCCGAAAAGCAUUUGAAGAGACAGUAGAAAUUAAGCGAAGUUGGGAAAGUUCACUUUCUUUACAGCUUAUAGACGAAACACUAAAAGAAGACAGUCAGCUUUACAGAGACAAAGAACUGUUUCAAAUGAGAAGAAAUGCAGCGAAGAAGUUUAGUGACCCAAAACUGUGGUCAGAAUUUAUAUCGAGUGCAUUUUGGGACGUCGUGUGUGGUACAGAGGGAGAAGCCAUCAAAGAACUUCGAAAAUAUAGAUUAUACAACCCAUUUUAUGAUUUUGUUGAACAUGUAAAUGAUUUCGAGAUUGUAAAGAACGAAAUGGAGAAAAGAACGGAGCGAGUGUACGUUUUCGGAAACAAUGAUUCAUCCAUACACGAUAUUGACAAGAUACACCCUGUUAUGUUAGUCGCUUACGCUGAGAAAUUCGAUGAUCAGAAAGACACUUUAUUAUGGAAAAAAUGUUUACAAAAUCACAUAGAUAUUAAUUAUCAUCACCAGGGAAAUUGUCUUUGGCAAAAAGAAGGUGGUGAAUGCUGUGAAAAGCUGAAAGGUGUAGCUCUUGGAGAAAUGAUCUGUGAUAAAGUAUCGAGAAGACUUCAAAAAAAUUUACAUGGAAAUUUUGGUGAAGCAGUGUGGGAUGUUGAAGAAAAAUAUUUUAUGGGAUUGCCAUCAAAAUGGUUAUCGAAAGUUCAACAAAUUUUGUCAAAGUUAAAAAAAUAUAAUGUAAUAUAAUUCAAUGUAAAUUAACAAUUACAUUUAAAAAA